UUCAUCAUUGCAGGCAGAUUCCACCCCUUCCCAACUUUUUUCAAUAAUACUGAUCGGGCAGAUUCUUCAAGAUGUCAGCGUAGGAGAAUUUCACGUGCUUAUCGAAUCCGGACGAAAGCCGAACCUUGUCCAUGAAAAGCGAUCGAAAAAUGGACUUCCUCGGCAGUUCGCUCUCCAGCGAGUGGAUGACGGCUUCGCAGUACUUUAGGUAGGAAUCGAUCGUGUUUCCGGCCGGUGGCAAUGAGUGCAUCAUCGAUGCACGAGGUUCGGAUGUUAGAUAGUUCGGCUGUAAUUGGUUAUCGUUUGGACGGUGAUGAGUAUCGGUGUGUGAAUCAACUAAAUAGGCAGGAGCGAUUGUAAAUAAAGCCACCAAACUGGUGAUAACGAAAUGAUUGCGAUGCAUUUGGACCAAUGUUUUUAUCUGAGAAAGUUUGGAAUAAAAAUGUUAAUGUUAUUGAGUUCGAAGAUGGAUUGAGCUUUUUGGAUGCUGCGUUUUGUGUAUUUAUAUAGUUUGGUAUCGAAGUUCCAAAGGAACAUCCCACAACACGAGGUUACUUUCACCGCCAAAACAAACGCGCACCGUUGGACCACAUCUCAGUUCGCAAAUACCAUCCAUUUGCUCUCAGCCAUUCUAUUCUCACACAACUCUUACUCAGCCAUGUCGCGCGUUGUGACUCUGUUUGCGAUACUCCUUCUGAUCUCGAACGUCAUCCGUGCCGAUCGGUCCGUGGACCAUGUGAAACCCAAAACCAGCCAAGGAAGCGGCAACCGUCAACGCCAGCACGCUCCCGAGGAAAUGAUGGCCGAUGUGGCUCAGACGUUUCAUCAAUUUUCGGGCAUUUUUUUCCUCAACUCCUAUCUGAUGGAUCUGCGCAAUAUGCUGUCCGAUGUGCGACCCCGGUACGGUGUUACGUUCAUGCACUUCAACGAACCGGUGCCGCAAGUUUUAGAACCUCAAAUGGGGAACCUAAAAGUGUGAUAAAUAUUGUGUAGUAAUAAAUGUUG